AUGGCCGUUCUGAACUACGACCACGGCGGCGAGAAGCCGCUCAAUCGCGAGCCUCCGCUCGAGAAGUUGAUUUCCAGCUUCAUCACCAUCGAAGAUGGCUACGAUCGCAAUCACGGUGCAAUCCCCAACAUUGACGCCAAAACCCACCGCGUCACUGUUGAUGGUGCCGUCUGCACGCCCCUCUCACUCUCCCUCCAGGACUUGCAAUUUCUUCCGCAGCACACCGUCAUCUGCGCCCUCCAGUGCGCCGGCAACCGACGCCACACGAUGCGCACCGAGAUGAAGGAGGUCAGCGGUCUUGACUGGUUCGACGGCGCCGUCAUGAACUGCAAGUGGCGCGGCCCUCGUCUGCGUGACGUCUUGCUCAGCGCCGGCGUGGGCUUUGCCGAAGCGGAAGCGCAGCACGUCGCCUUUGCCUGUCACCAGAACCCGUGUCAAGAGGACGAGUGGUACGGCGCGAGCGUUCCGCUACCGAGGGCGAUGGCCGAGGAUGCCGACGUGCUGCUUGCGCUGGAGAUGAACGAUGCCCCGCUCACGCCCAACCACGGCUUCCCCGUCCGCAUAGUCACGCCUGGUAUCGCCGGCGCCCGCUCUGUAAAAUGGCUUGAUCGUAUAACCGUCCAGAACCACGAGUCUCCCAACCACUACCAGCAGCGCGACUACAAAAUUCUGCCCCCGGAAGUCGACUCCACCGACAAGGCCGAGGGCGUUUGGGAUCGCGUUCCCGCCCUUCAGGACAUGCCCGUCAACUCAGUCAUUGGCGUUCCGGCAAAUGGCUCGAAAUUGGGGCGGGACACGGAAGGCAUGAUCGAGGUGAAGGGAUAUGCGCUGCCAGGGGGAAGCUCGGGGCCGGUAGUCAGGGUAGAGGUGAGCGCGGAUGAGGGGAAAACGUGGCAGGAUGCAGAGCUAUUGGGAGAUGAGCAGUAUGAGGAGGACGGGGCAAAUCUGAAAUGGGCGUGGCGCUUAUGGCGAGCGAAGCUCAAGGUGGAAGAAGGGAAAGGUAAGAUGAUGUUGAGCCGGGCUACUGACGAGGGUGGGAACGCGCAGGAAGAGCGGUGCCAGUGGAAUCUGAGGGGAUGCGCCUACAAUGGCUAUGGAGAGGUCAAGCAUCUGGAAAUCGUUUGA